GUCGGGUCACCAGCGCGGGGGCUCUUGCUAGCCUCGGGAACCUUCCUUUCAGCCGGACUCUGGGGACAGCGCAGCCCCCGCCCGAGCCCUCGGCGCUACCUCCCGCUCGCGGCCUUCGCAACCUUCAGGGAUGGCACUGGCGUCAUUGAUGAUGGCCCUCGGCUGCCUCGGCCUCCACACCUGGCAGGCCCAGGCUGUUCCCAUCCUGCCCUUGGGCCUGGCUCCAGACACCUUUGACGAUGCCUAUGUGGGUUGUGCAGAGGAGAUGGAGGAGAAGGCAGCCCCCCUGCUAAAGGCGGAAAUGGCCCACCAUGCCCUGCUGCAGGAAUCCUGGGAGGCAGCCCAGGAGGCCUGGGAGGACAGGCAUCGAGGGCUCACCUUACCCCCCGGCUUCAAAGCCCAGAAUGGAAUAGCCGUUAUGGUCUACACCAACUCAUCUAACACCUUGUACUGGGAGUUGAAUCAGGCUGUGCGGACAGGCGGAGGCUCCCGGGAGCUCUACAUGAGGCACUUUCCCUUCAAGGCCCUGCAUUUCUACCUGAUCCGGGCCCUGCAGCUGCUGCGAGGCAGUGGGGGCUGCAGCACGGGGCCUGGGGAGGUGGUGUUCCGAGGUGUGGGCAGCCUUCGCUUUGAACCCAAAAGGCUGUGGGACUCUGUCCGCUUAGGCCAGUUUGCCUCCAGCUCCCUGGAGAAGGCAGUGGCCCGCAGAUUUGGUAAUGCCACUCUCUUCUCUCUAACGACUUGCUUUGGGGCCCCUAUCCAGGCCUUCUCUGUCUUUCCCAAGGAGCACGAGGUGCUGAUUCCCCCCCAUGAAGUCUUCUUGGUCACCAGAUUCUCUCAGGAUGGAGCCCAGAGCCUGGUGACUCUCUGGAGCUAUAAUCAGACCUGCAGCCACUUUAACUGCGCCUAUCUGGGUGGGGAGAAGAGGCGGGGCUGUGUGUCUGCACCAGGAGCCCUGGGAACGCGUGACCUUCACAUGAAGAAGAGGCGCCUCCAACAGCCUUGAGAAGCAAGAACGUGGUUCCAGACCCAGCUCUAGCAGCCUUCUCCCCGACCAGGAUGUGGGGCUGGGGAGGCCAUGGCAGGGCUGAGGGAACUCUGCUAUGUGGUGGGGACUUCCCGGGACAAGCAAGGGAAGUACUGAGGCAGCCACUUGAUUGAACGGUGCUGCAGUGUGGAGACAUGGAAUUUUAU